GGUUGCAGAUUUCUUGUGUUGAAGCUUUCAAACUACUCAAACCAGCUCCAUAAGCUUUAUCUCACAUCUGGGUGCCUGUUCUUUAAGACCUUAAACUCGAUGGAAAUCAGGAAGCAAGGUGAAGCUUUGUGCUUUGUGACUUUUUUUUGCUUGUGGAGUUGUGUAAGUGGCUCCCUUACCGCCAAAGGUGUCAACAUGGAAGUGAUAGCAUUGGGGAACAUUAAGGAUUCACUAGUUGAUCCUCGCGGCGUUCUUCACAAUUGGGAUGAAACUUCUGUGGAUCCCUGCAGCUGGAAUAUGGUUACUUGCUCUGAUGGUUUAGUCACUGCCCUAGGAACUCCAAGCCAGAAUUUAUCAGGCACUUUGUCACCAAGCAUAGCCAACUUGACAAACCUCCUGUUUGUGACAUUUCAGGAUAACAGUAUAACAGGACCAAUCCCAACUGAGCUUGGGAGGCUUCAGAAGCUUAAAACACUUGAUCUGUCUAACAAUUUAUUCAGUGGUCAAAUUCCCACAGCUCUAUCCCACCUGAAAGGCCUCCAAUAUUUGAGGCUAAACAAUAACAGUCUCACUGGGGCAAUUCCUUCUUCGUUUGCCAACAUGACCCAGCUGGCCUUUCUGGACAUGUCUUACAAUAAUUUAAGUGGUCCAGUACCCAGGUUUCCUGCUAGAGCAUUCAAUAUAGUGGGAAACCAUCAGAUUUGCGCCGCUGGAAUGGAGCAAGACUGCUUUGGGACAACGCCUAUGCCGCUAUCUUUUCCCUUGAAUAGUUCACAAAGUGCUCAACCUGCUGGGAGACCUAAGAACCAUAAGGUUGCCUUAGCCUUUGCAUCAAGCCUGGGCUGCAUCUGUCUUCUAAUUCUUGGUUUUGGUUUCCUUCUUUGGUGGAGGCAAAAGCACAACCAGCAGAUAUUCUUAGACGUUAACGAAUCACACCAUGAACAAGUUUGCCUCGGAAACUUGAAGUCAUUUCACUUCAGAGAACUUCAGUCUGCAACACACAACUUCAGCAGCAAAAACUUGGUUGGCAAGGGUGGUUUUGGAAAUGUCUACAAAGGAUAUCUCCAUGAUGGUACUGUGGUAGCUGUCAAAAGGCUCAAGGAUGCUAAUGCCAUAGGAGGCGAAAUCCAAUUUCAGACAGAAGUUGAGAUGAUCAGCCUAGCAGUGCAUCGCAACCUCCUCCGCCUUUAUGGAUUUUGCAUGACAGCCAAAGAGAGGCUCCUGGUUUACCCCUACAUGUCUAAUGGAAGUGUGGCUUCGCGUCUUAAAUCCAAACCAGCCUUGGAUUGGGGUACAAGGAAGAGGAUUGCAAUUGGAGCAGCAAGGGGACUUCUGUACUUGCAUGAGCAGUGUGAUCCCAAGAUCAUUCAUAGAGAUGUGAAGGCUGCAAAUAUACUUCUUGAUGAUUACUAUGAGGCUGUGGUGGGAGAUUUUGGGCUAGCAAAGCUUUUGGAUCACCAUGAAUCACACAUUACAACAGCGGUGAGGGGCACCGUGGGGCACAUAGCACCGGAGUAUCUCUCAACUGGCCAGUCCUCGGAGAAAACUGAUGUUUUUGGAUUUGGGAUCCUGGUACUUGAACUGAUAUCUGGCCAAAGAGCCUUGGAAUUUGGCAAAGCAGCAAACCAGAAAGGAGCUAUACUUGACUGGGUGAAGAAAAUUCAACAGGAAAAGAAAUUUGAUAUGCUGGUGGACAAGGAACUGAAGAAUGACUAUGAUCCCAUUGAGCUUGAAGAAAUGAUUCAAGUGGCUCUCUUAUGCACUCAAAAUCUUCCUGGUCAGAGACCAAAGAUGUCUGAAGUGGUACGAAUGCUCGAAGGAGAUGGACUCGCAGAGAAAUGGGAAGCUUCUCAAAGAGCUGAAUCAAACAGGUGCAGAACCAACAACGAUUUUUCGUCUUCUGAGCGCUACUCUGAUCUCACUGAUGACUCUUCAUUACUUGCACAAGCAAUGGAGCUGUCUGGACCAAGGUAAUAAAACAAGCCUCAAAGUAGAGGAACUUCAGAAAUGCAUAGGCAAAGGACAUGAUACAAGUUGAUACCAUGAACAUGAGUCGAUCAACAAUGAGUUUGCUGUAUUGUUGUAUAUUAGCAUCAUCAUCAUCAUAUUGAAGCUCAAAAGAGUUGUGUUAAAUUUCGACUGUACAGAAUCUGAUAUGAGAAAUCUGACAUGUAGAUUUGAGUGUGUUACAUGCGCUUUCGAUUAUUCACGAGUGAAAAAGUGUAUUCCUGAGACUUUCCGGUUUGAGGUCUUCAGAUUGUAAGAAUAAUGUUCUCGGAUUGAAUUUUGUCUGUCUUGAUAAAUUUCAAUGGCAGCAAAGAAUUUUUGGAUCAGGGACCUGCUUCAUAAUUGGAUUAGGAAUGUACUAU